AUGCCAAACAAUACCGCAGAUUCAAAGGAAGGCGAAGUGGGUGACACAGACAGUACUCUUCCUGAGCAAGGCGAGGAACAUGGCUAUCUUUCCGGUCUGAGGCUAGCAGCGGUGAUGUUGAGUCUAACAUUAGGAGCUUUCUUGAUGCUUCUGGAUUCCUCGAUCAUAGCUACGGCGAUUCCCCGAAUCACAGGCCAAUUCCACUCCCUGGAUGAUGUCGGAUGGUACGGAACGGCAUAUCUUACGGCGAAUUGCGCUUUCCAGCCUCUUACUGGCAAAGUCUAUUCCCAUUUUAACGUCAAAUGGUCAUAUCUAGUGUUUUUCGCCCUUUUUGAAGUAGGAUCUGCGCUCUGCGGUGGUGCUAAUUCGUCGAAAAUGCUCAUUGUUGGACGAGCGAUCGCCGGUUUGGGAGCAUCGGGGCUCCUGAACGGAAGUUACACGAUCAUAGCUUCAAUCUUGCCUGUGGCUAAGCAACCCUCAUACCGCGGGAUCCUGAUGGGCCUCUCAUUCUUUGGUCUGCUAGCUGGUCCUUUGGUUGGAGGUGCAUUGACCCAAUAUGCAAGUUGGCGAUGGUGUUUUUUAAUCAACUUACCCUGCGGUGUCAUUGUAGCUCUCUUCCUGCUCGUGGUGCCGAUUCCGGAUUAUCGAAUCGCGGGCGAUAGAAAGCAAACUGUGAUUCAACGGCUGGGGAGACUGGAUUUCAUUGGAUUUCUUUUAUUUACCCCAGCGACGAUUAUGUUAAUCUUUGCGUUGCAGUGGGGGGGGUCCAAGUUCGCCUGGGGCAGUGCGACAAUUAUCGGCCUCUUCUGCGGCUCGUUUGGGAAUCUACUUGUUUUCCUGCUAUGGGAACAUCGCCUGGGCGACGAAGCCAUGAUUCCACUCUCCCUCGUCCGAAGGCGCAUUAUAUGGAGCAGCUGCCUGAACAUGGCGUGCUUUGUCGGCUGCGCGUUCACCACCACCUACUAUUUCCCCAUUUACUUCCAAGCGGUGCGAGAUGCAAGCCCGACCCAAAGUGGUGUUGACAUGCUUCCCCAAAUCAUCACCAAUAUGAUUCUGACCAUCGUGACUGGAGCAUUAGUGGGACGAGUAGGCUAUUACAUGCCCUUCGCAUUGGCCAGUGGGGUCUUCACAGCUCUCGGGUCUGGGCUCAUCACUACAGUUACACCAACGUCAUCUGUCGCCCAUCGGAUAGGAUACCAGAUCAUUCAAGGUGGACAAGGCUUCGGCUUCCAGAUCCCAAUCCUCGCGGUGCAGAAUGGGGUACGAAAAAAGGAGAUCUCUGUCGCGGCCGCCCUGGUCGUCUUCUCGCAGAAUCUUAGCGGUGCUGUAUUUUUGUCAUUGGCCGAGGUGAUCUUCAAUAACCAGCUUAAACACGAGCUGGGAAUCUACGCUCAGGGGGUGGACGCUGAUGCGGUGGUUGCGGCCGGUGCUUCUGCAGCCGAUGUGCGCGCCGCCGUGGCGCCCGCUUUCCUCCCAGGUGUGCUGUUAGCAUACAGCAAAACAUUCAAUCAUGUCAUGUACCUCGCCACCGGCGCUGCGUGCGGAGCAUUCUUAUCUGCCACUGGGAUGGGAUGGGUACGUCUCAGGAAAGAAGACACUAGUCCUCCAGCCGCAGAGACUUGA